AUGCCAAAAAACGUCGGAUGCUUUUCAUUUCUAAAUGAUUUCUAUACAUUACUCAUAGGUGAUGGUGAUGAAAACGAAAAAUCCUCUUCUAGAUCAAGUAAAGAGAACAAUUAUGGUCCAACUUUAGUGAUUCAUGGUGGCGCAGGAACCAUUGCUCGUAAAGAUUUUUCUGAAAAAUUACAAAAUGAAUAUCUUGAUGCAUUAAAAGAAUCUUUAUUUGCUGGUUAUAAAAUCUUAUUAAAUGGAGGAAAUUCGAUGGACGCCGUAGAAGUCGCAGUUAGAGUAAUGGAAGAUUGUCCUCUUUUUAACGCCGGUAAAGGGUCAGUCUUUACGAUUGGCGGAAAGAAUGAACUUGAAUCUUCAUUUAUGAUCGGAACUUCUGAUCACCCAGCUGGCGCAAGCACUUUAUUACAUACAGUAAAAAAUCCAAUCACUUUAGCUAAAACUCUUUUACUUGAUCCGGAGAAUCCACAUGUAUUUCUUGGUGGUAUAGAAGCUGAAGAAUAUGCUAAAAAGAAAGGACUAGAAAUUGUUGAUCCCGGUUAUUUUUGGACAAAAGGAAGAUGGCAACAACAUUUGGAAGAGUUGAACAAGGGUAACAAUGAAGUGGAUUCACUAUAUCCUAUGGGAACUGUUGGGGCCGUUGCUGUUGAUAAAAACGGUAUUAUUGCUACGGCUACCUCUACGGGUGGCAUGAAUAAUAAAAAAGAUGGUCGAAUUGGGGAUACUCCGUUAAUAGGAUGUGGCACUUGGGCAGAUAAUGAAACAUGUGGUGUUAGUGGCACCGGUAAUGGAGAGUUUUUUAUUAGAUAUGGUAUUGCUCAAGAUGUAUCUUCCAGAAUGCGUUACCUUGGUGAGAAUGUAAAUGAAGCAGCUAAUGCUGUUAUAGAAAAUAUGAGAAAGGUUGGAGGAGGUGGUGGUGUAAUUGCGUUAGAUAAAUAUGGUCAUGUUGCUAUGCCAUUUAAUACAACUGGAAUGUACAGAGGUUAUAUUAGAGUUUCCGAAAGUAUACCAUAUGUUUUUAUUUUUUAA